AUGAUACUUCCAGAAGAUUGUAUUAGGGAAAUCUUGGAAUAUCUUUCAGAAGACAAAAAAUCAUUAUACACAUGCUUGUUUACAAACAGAUUAUUUUGUAAAUGUGUCAUACCAAUAUUAUGGAGAGAUCCAUGUUCCGUAAGGAAUGAGCCAUGGUUAGAAUGUUUAUCUAGAACUAAUUAUUGGAAGAUCCUUGGGAAAACAAUCAUCAAAUGUUUUUCACGAGAAACCAAACAAUCACUUUUAAAACAUCAUGUUUUUAUAAAUCCUUCAUUAUUACAACAACCUUUAUUCAAUUACGUUUCAUAUAUUCAAUUCAUUUCCGAAUUUAAAACUAAAAUCUUAAUUAUAGAUAUAUUGAAAGAUGUUAAUAUUAAGAUUCUAACACAAUAUGAAACGAUCAAACGAUUGUUAUUCAAUGAAUGUUGGUCAUUAUUCAUGAAUCAGUGUUUCAAGAUUAAAUCUAUUCGUUCAUCAAGCAUUGAACUAUUUUUCAAACAUCCUAGAUCAAACAAUUCUUUAUCAUCACUUUCCACUCUAGAAUGUUGGAAUUGCUCUAGAGAAAUUCUCGAAUUAUUAAAAAAUGUUCAUACGUUGAAACAUCUUUUAAUCUUUGUGGGUCAAACUAAUGAUAUCGAACCUCUCAUCCUAUCACAAAACAAUUUAAAGGAAAUAUCAUUUUAUUAUGAUUCAAGUGUAUCUCAAUUUCCUUUUAAAAAUCGAAAAACUAUUAAACAUCUUUCUCAAUCUUUAAAGAUUCUUAGAUUUGAUCGUGGCAUUUGUUUAUCCUCACAAAUCAUUUCUUCUUUUAUCAAUUUAACCGAAUUGGAAAUUAAUUACAAAUCAUCGUUUAGUGAAGAAAAUGUACAAAUAUUGGAACAAGUUUCCUUACCAAAGCUUGAAAUUCUUUCAUUGAAAAAUGUUAGAGGGGAAUUUUUAGAUAUUUAUGCUAGAUUAGUGGAUAAUACGAGAAAUUCACUUAAGGUUAUUGACAUUCAUUGUACGGAUAGUAGUAUAUCGAUGGCACCAUCGUUAGAAUCAAUUAAAUAUUAUCUACAUGUAAUCAAGACGAAAUGUCCAAAUGUUGAAAUUUUACCAAUUUGGUUAAUUUCAGAUAUUUCCUUAAAAGAUUUUGAAGAUUUAUUAGAAUCUUGUUUUAAGAUAAAAAAAAUUAUCAUUCACAUCUUAAAUUCAGUUUCAAAUUCGGAUACGGUGUUAGCUAAGCCAAUUUUUUAUUUAUUGGCUUUAAAAUCAUCCGCACUUUUAAAUGAUAUUCAUUUAAUUGGAAGAUGGAGCUUUUCUAAUUUGGAUAUUCAAGACUUUUUUGAAUUAUGGAAGGCAAUGAAAAGGAAACCGUUAAAAUUUAAUUUUCAUAACAAUAUUUAUUCUCAUUAUAUCAUUAAAGUAUGUGAAUUUUAUCAUCAACAGGGUAUCGUUGAUGGAGGUACCAUCAAUUACACCAAACCAUGUAAAUAUUAUUAA